AUGAUAAGGAGAGAGGGAUUUAUUAUUGAUGUACCAGAGGAUCUAAGAACAGCAUUCGGGCAAGCAUUUAUCAAGGCCCUUAAGAAGGCUAAGUUACCUUAUUGGGUUAGAGAUGCUCUGCCAGAGUGGAUGAAGGAGGGUUUACUACAAGAUGGAUCCACUCCACCAUCAUCAUGCCGUCUACCAACAGUGUCUACGAAGUAUUCUACCAAGAUGCUACCAUAUGCUUCAACCAUUCAUCAUCAUCAUCAGGAAGAGGAGGAGGAGGAGGAUGAUAAAGGAGGUCGUGGUAUUGAUGAAGCUACUGGUUUAUUCAAGUACAUGAGUAUUCAUGGUGAAGAAAGGGAGAUGAGCUGGUCCGGGUGUAGGAAGCAAGCAUCUAAUACAGUAUCACAAUACGUCGAUGCGGCCUUAGCAUUCGUCCGUUGGGUUAUCAUACAGGAAGAUGGUGGAAAGAAGGAAGAGAUUGAUGAUCGAUCGGUUACAGAGAUUAUUGAGGAUAUAAUACAAAGAGGCCGGUUAAAGAACAGUUCGAGGCCGAACAUGAACAUCAGUGGAAUGUUCUUCUUCCUCCUCCUCCUCGGUGGAACUACCACGGCUGUGAGUCCUCAUAGAUUACAUGAGAAGAGUGAUGAAGCAUUGAUCAAUGCUAAUCGAGGUCUUGGUUGA